AUGUCCGAAAGCACUCAGCGUAACCACGCCCACUGGAAUGAGGCGUCCUCAACGUACAAUUCUAGGUUCGCUAAAACCUUUCAGCAAGUCAUCGACGAGAUUCGAAAGCAUCAUGAAUGGAUCGGUGUAGACUGGGCUGAAGACUCUUCAGGCUCUGAGAACGAAGAUUCGUCGGUGGCACCGAAGAAGACUGUGCGAUUGCUAGACUAUGCAUGCGGAACUGGUCUGGUAUCACGUGCACUCGCACCCUAUAUCACUCAAAGCAUCGGUAUCGACCUCACUGAGGGCAUGGUGCACGAAUACAACACCGCAGCCCUGAACCAAGGCAUCUCAGAAUCCGAAAUGCACGCCACACGUGGCAAUCUUAUAGACGCAAACAACCCCAACCCGCCAGAGCUUGCGGGGAAAGAGUUCUUCGACUUUGACAUCGCCGCUGUGGGGUUAGGGUUCCAUCAUUUUGACGAUCCCGCUUUGGCAGCGAAGAGAUUGGCGGAGAGGUUGAAGAAGGGUGGCGUGCUGAUGAUCAUCGACUUCGUGCCACAUUCUCAUGUUUCAGGGCAUAGUGAUCAUAGCCAUACGGCUGCUCAUACGGUUACCCAUAAUGGCUUUUCGCAGGAUGACGUGAAGAGGAUGUUUGAGGAUGCUGGCGUGGGUGCGAAGUUUGAAUACAAGGUGAUUGGGCAUGGGUUUGUGUUUUCGGAGAACGAGAAGAAGAAUAACAGGAGUUUGUUCUUCGCCAAGGGGGUGAAGCUAUAG